AUAUAUAUAUAUAUAUUAAUACAUAAUGUGCUGUACCACAAAUACCUCGUAGGUAGAACAGUGAGUUCGUGAAUCCUUGUUUAUCUACGUACAUAUUCUAUGUUGGAGUAUUAAUAAAUUACGUGAGCGGUAUUGGCACAGUCGCGUGCGAACUCUUGCGCAACGGGCCGCUAAGCGGCUGUAUUGUAACGCUUUCAUUUGACAUCGGGAUUUUAAAGAACAAGAUGCUUCAACGAAGAGGAUUUUUCACACUACUGGCAGUUACAUACAUUCUACACGUUCAAGGUGCUGACAAAUACACAGACGAAAACAGACCAUACGAAUUUGGAUUCAAAAUCGACGGUGAACAGCAUAGACACGAAAAGAAAGAUGAAAACGGACUUAUCAUGGGAGAGUUUGGAUUCAUUACAGCGGAUGGUGUAUAUCACGUCACAGUUUACGCCACCGAUGAAAAUGGAAACUUUAAGAUAUUAUCAAUGAAAAAUAUAAGAGUGAAGCCUUAUCCUACGGGACCUGAAAGAACAGGACAUUCACUUCCUUUCCCACAAUCUCGAAAUCCACCACAAACACAAGGACCAAUAUCGCUGGAACCACAAGCCAUUGCUGGGCCAUCGCAAGCAUCACCAGCAAAAUCUUGCUCUUCUUGCAGUAUACCAACGACAACUACUAGAAAGCCAGUUCUGACAGAUAUAGCCAUAGUUUCAAAUAACCAACCAAAUAACCCCGGAUUCCAAGAGGCAGUAAAUCAGCAAUACCCUCUGGGCUCUCAACCGGAUAAUCUUUCAGAAAAUGAUCCUCAAAACUAUCUAAAUCCAAACUUUUCGUUAGGAGGGCCUGAACUAAAUUAUCCUCAAAUAAGUUCAGGAAAUGAGCCAAAUUAUCCACAAAAUGCUGUCGGAGCAACAUACCCACAAGACUUUCCAUCUAGAUCAUCUUUCCCGCAGGAUUCAGAUAAUAAUCAAAAUUAUCCUCAAGGCAAUGAUGGUUCCCCACAAUAUACACAACAAGCUGGUCCAGGAGUAGCACAUGCACCAGAUCAAACAUUACAAGCACCAUUUGGAAGUUCUAGUGGGGAUAGAAACCCUAAACAAUUUACCGACUACCCACAAGGAACAGCCGGAGGUCAAGUGUUAAGUGUUCAAGGAAACCAGGGUAGUAUUGGACAAUAUGGACCUGAAGGUACACAAGGUAGUAUUGGACAGUUCGGCACUGGUGGAAUUGGUAGUGGUGGAUUUGGACCACAAGGAACAGAUAAUGGAACUGGACCAUUCGGGUCCGGAGGGCCACAAGGAGGACAGGGACCAAAUAAACCUAUUUUAAUAUCAGCACAAAUGCAAAUUGUAGAUAAAAAUACUGAUAUUUAUAAGAAAAAUCCAGGAGAAAAGGAUGGCUUACCAAAUGGCCUGACCAAAAACGAUAUGCAGCAACUAUUGUAUACGUUUAAUUACACAGUAGGGUUCCAUGGACAUUUUGAAGAAGGAUACACAAAUGGAGCUAAGCAAGGUUACUAUUACGUGACUGCCAGAAAUGGAGUAAGAACGAGAGUAGACUACGUUGCUGAUGAAAAUGGAUUCCGCCCUAAAAUUACACAAGAAGUACUCGAUUUGCUGUCAGAAGAUGUUCCAAAAGCAGAAACCGAGAAAGACGAGAAAUAUGGUCUAAAAGGUUAUGAAUUCAAAUGGCUCUACUACCCUGUUGAAUCUAGUUCAUGAUAGAAAAUUAUGUUAUGACUUACUUAAAUGCCUUCAUCUAGUAUUAAUUUUUGAUAGCAUAUUUAAGACGUACGACUAUAAAGUAUUACCAUUUAGUCUUAAGUAUUACUUUUUACUUUGAAACUGCCUAGUAUACUGCCACUUUGUAAAUAACAUAUUUUUGUAAUAAAACAUCAUAAGGAACAAA